AUGAUUAAAAAAUAUAUUUUAUUUUUAAUUUCAAUUUUUUAUUUAAUUAAAAUUAAAGCUUUACCUCAUCCGUUGCCUCCUCCUAUACCUCCUCCAACACCUCCACCAGUAUUAAAUAAUUCAACUAAAAAUUCAACUGCUUCGAUAGAUACGAUUACUCUGACACGCCCAUGUCCGGAAAGUUAUUCUAAAUAUUGUUACAAUAGAGGGAAGUGUUAUGCAGCUUGGACGGGCAAUGGAAAUUACAAACCUUUUUGCCAGUAUUUUUUUUUAAUUCACUAA